AUGCGCCAGCAAUGCGACCUUCGCAAGAAGGAUGGUGAAGCUUUUGAGGCAUGCCUCCCAAGAAAGCCUCCUGCUCGCCCUCCUCAACCCGCACGUUCACAUUUCGCCCCUGCAUCCGGAGAGAGACAGCCUGGUUUCAGGGCUCCUAGGCAACCCCCACCCCAGCAGUCAAUGCGCGGGGAGGCUCGCCAAAAACAGCCCCAGCCCAGGAACAAGACCUCUUUUGCAGCGGCAGCUGCUAGGCAUCGCCCAGCGGACCCUCAGGGAGGGAAGAAAAGCGAAAAGGCGUUGGGGAGCGUUUCAAAGACUGUGUUCGACGAACGAAAUUUCUCCGAGUUGCAACCACCGGCUCCGCCGCCAGAUGGUGCCACCGUGCCGUCUGUCAGCGAGAGCCGCAGAGGCCCGCUCUCUGCUCGCGCGGAGAGUUGGCGCGCAUGCGCAGUUUGUCCUUGGAUGUAUUCCACAAUACAGCGGGGAUUUCGCCUGCAGUUUGCCGUGAGACCACCGCUUUUCAGCGGCGUGAUUUGGUCGACAGCAGAGGGCGAAUCUGCUCAGGUUUUGGAGGACGAAAUAACCUCCUUACUGAGCAAAGGGGUAAUUCGAUCGGUGCCGCGAGAGGACAGCCAGCUCGGCUUUUACUCCCGGUACUUUGUCGUUCCCAAGAAAGGGGGUCUCCGUCCCAUUCUGGAUUCUGACCUCAACAAACACCUCAGAAAGUACAAGUUCAAGAUGCUCACUUUGAAAGCUUUGUACAGUGUUAUUCGUCCCAGAGACUGGUUUACGUCAGUGGAUCUGAAGGACGCGUAUUACCACAUAAGCAUUUAUCCGGCACACAAAAAGUUCCUACGCUUUGCCUAUCAGGGCACAGCCUACGAAUAUUUGGCGGUUCCGUUCGGGCUAGCUCUAGCUCCACGGAUCUUUACCAAAUGUGUCGAAGCUGCACUGUCACCGCUGAGAGCAUCGUGUCUCAGAGUGUCAGCGUAUUUGGACGAUCUCCUCCUCUGCGCUCCGUCACGGCAGCAAGCAGAGAUGGAUACCAGUGUGCUUCUGUCUCACCUGACUGGCUUGGGUUUCAGGAUAAACGAGACAAAGAGCUGCUUGGUUCCCACACAGGAAAUAAUAUACCUGGGUCUCAGAUUGAACUCAGACCUGUUUCAGGCUUUUCUAUCAGAGGAGCGCGUCAGGUCGAUUCGCAGUUGUCUCUCUCUUUUUCAGAGAGGAAGGAAAGUUCCAUUCAGACUCUGUUUACGCCUGCAGGGGCUGAUGGCUUCGGCGGUGUCUGUCAUACCGUUGGGACUGUUGCGAAUGAGAGAGUUUCAAUGCUGGGUUGCGGCACAGCGCUUAUGUCCGAAGCGCCACCUCAAUCGCAAAGUGAUGGUGACGUCACUGUGCUUACGUGCUCUUCAUCACUGGAGAAGUCGCGGUUUUCUCGAGUCGGGAACCCCGCUGGGGGCUGUUUCCCUGAGGAAAGUGGUGACGACAGAUGCGUCACUCGCAGGUUGGGGUGCGGUGUGUGAAGGCAGGAUAGCGAAAGGAAUGGCCCGUUUCGCUUGUGCGCACAUAAACUUUCUGGAGCUGUUAACGGUGUUUCUAGCUUUGAAACAUUUCGUACAGUUUCUUCGGUGUCACCACGUAUUGGUCAGAUCAGACAACACGACGGCGGUGCCGUACAUAAAUCGCCAGGGCGAAACGCACUAUCCUCGACUUCACCGUCUAGCGUGGGAUCUCGUGGUGUGGGGCAUGGAGCAUUUCCUGUCGCUGCGAGCGACUCAUGUGCCGGGAAUGUUGAAUGCAGGGGCGGAUCUCUUGUCCGGGGGAAAUCCCCUGUACGGGGAGUGGUCUCUCCAUCCUCAGGUGGUGAACCUGUUAUGGGAGAGAUUCGGCCGGGCCGCCAUAGAUCUCUUCGCCUCGCACGAAAACACUCAUUGCCCUCUGUUCUUUUCUCUGGCGAGAGACGGUGCACCUAUGGGUGUGGAUGCGUUAGCCCACCCAUGGCCAAACGUUCUGCUUUACGCAUUUCCUCCUCUAAGUUUGAUCGUGCCGACUCUACACAGAGUAAGAGAAGGCGGUCACUCUGUCAUACUAAUCGCUUCAAAUUGGCCUGGGAAAGUGUGGCUGACGGAGAUUUUCCAACUCCUGCACGAUCGUCCCUGGCCUCUCCCGUUGCGCAGGGAUCUCCUGUCGCAAGCGCGCGGAAAGAUUUUUCACCCGGCACCGGACAGAGUAGCUCUCUGGGCCUGGCUCGUGAGAGGAUGAAUCUCAGCGUCGCUGGUUUGCCUCCGAGGGUGAUUGAGAUGAUUCAGAAUGCGAGAGCAGCUUCGACGCGCUCUGCAUAUGAUAGGAAAUGGAGUGUGUUUGAAUUAUGGUGUGCUCAGAGACAUAUCAUCCCUUUUCACUGUUCUGUGGCAAAGGUGUUGUGCUUUUUGCAAGAACUUUUGGAUA